AUGGCCUAUCCGCCUCCUCCAGGUCUCAAGCAGACACCAUCGUCGCUGCCUCCUCGCCCACCUCCCUCGUCCAAUGCAGGACAGCCACCUGCCGCUGGCGGAAGACCAGGCUACAAUGCAUUCACAGCCUUCCAGCCGCGUGCCGUGGCCUCCCAUCAGCCCCGCGCUAAGCCCGUGAUCUCGGCUCCCCCAGUUCCUGCGACUACUUACGCAGCACCUGCUACUACAUAUGCGGCGCCUGCUACUAGCUACGGCCACUACCAGCAAGCACCUCAAGCUUAUUCGGCUGGGCCCUCGUACUACAAUCAGCCCCAAUACACGGAAAACACCUACGGUCCAACUAUCCCACACAUCCAGAAUCCGUUCGGUUCCACCCCACAGUCUCACGGCAAUGGCUCUGGCCUCGACGCAGAAACCGAGGCUCAAAUCGCCCAAUGGCAGAGUGCCUACGCAACACCGGCUGAAGAUAUCCACAAGCGCCAUGCUGGCACGGGGUCAAGCGCCGCUGGAACCCCAACCGUGGGUGCCACACCCCAACCCGAGUCCCAGCAGACGGUGGUUCGCUCCGGUGGUGGUCAAACAUGGAAUGACAGCACCCUUCUCGAGUGGGAUCCCGCUCAUUUCCGCCUAUUUGUGGGCAAUCUCGCAGGCGAGGUAACCGACGAAUCCCUGCUCAAGGCCUUUUCACGCUACACAUCAGUCCAAAAAGCGCGUGUGAUUCGAGAAAAGCGCACCCAAAAGAGUAAAGGCUUUGGUUUCAUUAGCUUUAGCAAUGGCGACGACUACUUUGCUGCUGGGCGAGAGAUGCAAGGCAAAUACAUUGGCUCGCACCCAAUCCUCCUCCGACGCUCCAACACUGAGGUCCGCCCCGAGGUCCCCGGCAAGAAAGGGAAGAAGAAUGGUGGCGGUAAAAAUACGGGCAACACGGGAAGCGGAAGCAAGGUGAAGAAGGACGGUGUCAAGAAGCCUGGAAAGACUAAGGGCGGCUUGAAGAUCUUGGGUUGA